UGUCAGGUCCUACUGUCUGUCUCUUUCCAGGCAUUUCAUACCUCCAAGAUUCAGGUCUGCUUUUCCAUCUCUUGCCUCUGCCAGCAGAGCCUAUUACCAGCUGUCUGAGCUGCAGAACAGUAAUACACAUCUUCUGACUGCCAUGAGGAAAAUGCACUCCCUCGUUCUCUUUGUAGUGGGCUCCUUUUGUCUGCACGCAAGCAUGGCAGCAGAUGCUGAAGAAAAACUAAUGAACCACCUACUGAGUCCUGACAGAUACAAUAAGUUAAUUCGACCAGCUGUCAACUCCUCCCAGUUGGUAUCCAUAGAACUGCAGGUUUCCCUGGCACAGCUCAUCAGUGUGAAUGAACGGGAGCAGAUCAUGACUACGAACGUCUGGCUGAACCAGGAGUGGAUUGAUUAUCGGCUGGCUUGGAAGCCCUCUGACUACGAAGGAAUAAAUAAACUGAGAAUACCUGCAAAACACAUCUGGUUGCCAGACAUUGUGCUUUACAAUAACGCGGACGGGACGUACGAGGUCUCGCUGUACACAAAUGCCAUUGUAAAGAACAAUGGAAGCAUUCUCUGGUUGCCACCAGCCAUUUACAAGAGUGCCUGCAAGAUUGAGGUGAAGCAUUUCCCAUUUGACCAGCAGAACUGCACCCUGAAGUUCCGGUCCUGGACAUACGACCACACAGAAAUUGAUAUGGUGCUUAAGACUUCCAUGGCAAGCAUGGACGACUUCACGCCAAGCGGAGAGUGGGACAUUGUAGCACUCCCAGGAAGAAGGACUGUAAACCCUCUGGACCCCAAUUAUGUCGAUGUGACAUAUGACUUCAUUAUCAAAAGGAAACCACUUUUUUAUACCAUCAAUCUUAUCAUUCCCUGUGUGCUAAUUACAUCCUUAGCCAUCCUAGUAUUCUACUUGCCUUCAGACUGUGGUGAAAAAAUGACCUUAUGCAUAUCUGUGUUGCUUGCCUUGACUGUGUUCUUGCUGCUGAUCUCCAAAAUUGUCCCUCCGACAUCUCUAGAUGUUCCACUGAUUGGGAAGUAUCUCAUGUUCACAAUGGUGCUGGUGACCUUCUCAAUAGUCACCAGUGUCUGUGUGCUCAAUGUCCACCACAGAUCUCCAAGCACUCACACUAUGCCCCCCUGGGUAAAGCUGGUUUUCCUUGAAAGACUCCCGGCCUAUCUGUUCAUGAAGCGCCCAGAAAAUAAUUCUCCACGGCAAAAGCCAUGCAACUGCAAAAAGACAAAAGCAGAGAAUCCUUGUAUGGAACCAUCUGACUUCUACAAGAACUCUACCUACUUUUUGAAUACAGCUUCUGCCAAAAGAUAUGAUAUGAAAGUCUCUGAGACACUUGACAAUGUCAGCAGUCAUCGAGAUUUUAGGUUAAGAACAGGUGCAAAAUUUUCUCCUGAAGUGCAAGAAGCAAUUGAUGGAGUCAGUUUUAUAGCAGAGCACAUGAAAAGCGAUGACAAUGACCAGAGUGUCAUUGAAGAUUGGAAGUAUGUUGCCAUGGUAGUGGACAGGCUGUUUCUCUGGAUAUUUGUCCUUGUUUGUGUCCUGGGGACUGUUGGAUUGUUUCUGCAACCACUUUUUCAAAACCACACUGCUGCCAUAAACCCUUAGCUAUUCUUUAAAAUUGUCAAUACUUACACAGACAUUUGGUCUCAUUCUGUUCUCAGCUCUCCUUUGUUAACUCCACAGAGGUGCCAAGUGAGUGGCACAUCCCUUAGAGUAGGGAAAAGGAAAGUAGAACUUGACUUACUGGGAUAGGAAAAAAAGCAAAACAAACAGAAUUUUUUUUUCCAGUGAGUCCAGUAGUUCUGGUGAUGUCUUGCCCUUUUUUUCAAUUAUUUGAAGUCUGAACAUUACAGUGAAAGACUUUUACAGUACAAGAUGCCAUCCUGGAAUUAUCAUCAUUAUCAUCAUCAUCAUCAUCCUAUUAUUAUUAUGUAUUUUAAAUA